CUUUAUAAGCGUUCAAUUCAGCUAACGAAACCCCUCUAACACGCUUGCUUUCCUGUGUGGCUUCGGAAACAAACCACACAACGCACAAACCUUCCUUCCUUGUGUUCUUUCUCAGUUCUCACCAAUACCCUCUGAAUUUUGAUUUCCCAAACCCCAAGAUAACAAUCAAAACCUUUCUCUUCAAUUCCAAUAUCAUUCAAUCAAAUCACCUUCAGUCCUUCAUCUCCCACAGCAACAGAAAUAACCUUUGAAAUUCCCGAAUUGCCCUCAAAUGUCCGAUACCCAACAAACCCUAAUGCCCCUUCACUCCCCCGACCCCGACGAUAACGACGAAUCCCCUCCUAACCAACCCCAACCCGCAUCCCCUGACCCAACCCGAACCGGAACCGGAACCGCCAUCGCCACCGCCCCUUCCCUCCUCCACCUCUCCUUCAACCAGGACUCUGGCUGCUUCGCCGCCGGCACCGACCGCGGCUUCCGCAUCUACAACUGCGAUCCUUUCCGCGAGAUAUUCCGCCGCGACUUCGGCCCAGGCGGCGGCACCUCUCUCGUUCACAUGCUCUUCCGGUGCAACAUCCUCGCCUUCGUCGGCGGCGGACCCGACCCUCGCCACCCUCCGAACAAGGUCAUGAUCUGGGACGACCACCAGUCGCGGUGCAUUGGCGAGCUCUCAUUCCGCUCCGAGGUCAAAGGCGUUCGCCUCCGAAGAGACCGAAUCGUUGUGGUUCUCGCGCACAAGAUUUUCGUGUACAAUUUUGCCGACCUGAAGGUUCUUCACCAGAUUGAGACAAUUGCGAACCCUAAGGGUUUGUGCGAGGUUUCGCACUUGUCCGGGACGAUGGUUCUUGCAUGCCCUGGGUUGCAGAAGGGGCAGGUUAGAGUUGAGCAUUACGCCUCAAAGAGGACAAAAUUCAUCAUGGCUCAUGAUUCGAGGAUCGCGUGCUUCUCGCUCACGCAGGAUGGGAGGUUGCUCGCUACUGCGAGCAGUAAAGGAACCUUGGUGAGGGUUUUCAAUACGUUAGAUGGGUCCUUGUUGCAAGAGGUACGGAGAGGUGCAGACCGUGCGGAAAUAUACAGCCUUGCCUUCUCUCCUACUGCACAGUGGCUAGCUGUUUCGAGUGAUAAGGGGACCGUUCAUGUCUUCAACUUAAAGGUUGAUUCUGGACUUUUGGGGCUUGACAGAUCGAAUAGUUCAUCUGAGUCAAAUCCUAGUUCCCCAACAGCAGUUUCAUCUCUUAAAUUUAUGAAAGGUGUUUUACCCAAGUACUUUAGCUCAGAGUGGUCUGUGGCUCAGUUUCGCCUGCAGGAAGGUUUGCAGCAUAUUGUUGCCUUUGGCCAUCAAAAGAAUACAAUUGUUAUACUUGGCAUGGAUGGCAGCUUUUAUCGAUGCCAGUUUGAUUCUGCAAAUGGAGGAGAGAUGACCCAACUUGAAUAUUACAAUUUCCUCAAGACAGAUGAGACAUUCUAAUAAAAAUGCAUCUUGUAUAUAUCUUCAGUGGCCCUUGCUGUGAAUACUCUUAUUUUCUGUUUACCUCGUUACCCCCUCCCCUUUUUCUUUUAUUUCUAAGCUGUGUAAGUACGAGUAUAUGCUAAGGUCCCAAUGUCAAUCGCCUUGCGUUGUAUAUAUUACAUUGUGAAUCAAAAUCAAGUUAUGAACUCUCAGAAUUCAGCAGGUCUCCGGAUUCUU